CAAGCAAGCAAAAACCAUUCGUUUACAUUAUUUUUAUUUACAGCGUCUCGAUCUAAGUCUUCCUCCGAUUUCUACCUUCGCUCGCUUGAUUCGUCUUUCUCUCGAUUUCUCUCGAUCUCUCGCGAUCUGUUAAGCUCCGAUCGGUAUGCGGAGAACUCGACGGCCUCCGAGCUCGUCGAUCGCAGUUGCUCGCCUUUGCCUUGUCUUGCACGUCUUGGUUUGCUCAAUUCCUGGAAUUUUUUCAUCAAGGAUUGUGAGCUUAGGUUCGAUUGCGAUAUUCACUACUCAUGAGUGGUUUCCUACCAAACCAAUUGUCUACUUUCGCUGUCAAGGAGAAAAUAAGACCUACUUGCCUGAUGUAAAGCAAAAAGACAUUUUGUACACUUUCAAUGGGGAUGAAUCUUGGCAGCCCCUUACAGAACUUCCAGAGAAGAAAUGUAAAAGGUGUGGUGUUUACGAAGAGGACACAUAUACAUCUGAUGAUGUAUACGAUGAGUGGGAGCUGUGUGCUGGAAAUUUCGUCAAUGGAAAAUAUUUGCACUCCAAAGACAAUCAAUUCAACGCUUCAUUCAUAUGCCCUGAGUGCACUACUUCAUCUGAUGUUACUACCAGCGACGCCACCGAGUCGAAGAAUGAGGCCUCCGGCCAAACGAGAAGGAAAAUAGCCAUGAUCGUAGUGGCAUGCACAUUGGCUGCUGCCGUAACUGGUGCUGCUGCGGUGAUGGUGUACAGAUGGUGGAGAAAGAGAAAGAGGGAGCAGGAGCAGGCACGCUUUCUCAAGCUCUUCGAAGAGGACGAUGACAUUGAAGAUGAACUCGGUCUAGAACUUUGAUUUAUUAUUAUUUUUUCGUUUUGUUCUUUUUAAUGUACGAAGGCCAUAAACUUACUUUUGAUUUUUAGUCACUUGUAAUUAAAGGAAAUAGAAGCAUAGCGUUCAACUUUUUAUGGGAAAGUUUUGGGACUUUCGUUCCAAUGGUAAACUAAUAAAUUAAAUCAGUAUUUGACUCA